CUUCGAGGCUAUUCACAUUUGAGUAACUAUUCAUAAAUACGGUCAGAAGGUGAUUAUUCUGUUACAUAGAUUUUUAACAACUUUUCUGCUUGCUUUUUCUAUAAGAGUAUCCCAAAUGCUUCAGUGAUCUCAAAAAAUUAAUUUUUAUUGUGAAUUUAGAGCGAAGUUCCCAAUUCAAGCUCACAAUUUCGGGAAAAUUUUGAGGAGCUUUGGGGAAGUUCCCCAAAGUUGGGAGCUUGGGUUCCUUUCUAAAGAACCAUGUGUUUAGGGAUAUUAAAUCAAUGUUUAGGAGUCAAAAUGUAACAGUCGAACGCGAACGCUGCAAUGGACCCUUCAUUGAUAGAAGUAUAACACCACAACAUGAGAUGUCAGCUAUUCUCGGAAAUUUGUUCAAAAUAUUCAAUCAUCUGCUGAACGAUACUAUUCACUGAAACUAACUCAGGAAUUAUUUUACAUACAGCAUUACAAGUUCACUUUACGUGUAUUUAAAGAACACAACAAAAAAAUAUGUGGCAUCAAGGGAUUGAAAUGUCAUCGACAAAGUCUUAAUAGGAUAAAUUUCAAAAUAUGUGGCUGUUUGAGAUUAUUUCAAAAAUGUUCGGUUUUUUUAAGAAAGAAGUUAAAGUCUUAGUGAUCGGGUUGGAUAACAGUGGGAAGUCAACGAUAUUAAACAAGUUGCAAUCAAAGGAAACGCAGAAUUCAUUAACAAUUCCGACUAUAGGAUAUAAUGUCGAAAAGAUUAGAGUCAGUCAGAUGAUAUUUCUUUGUUUUGAUAUGUCAGGUAGUGGAACCUACAGGAAUUUAUGGGAAAAGUUCUACAAGGAAUGUGAGGCGAUCAUUUAUGUAAUAGAUAGUUCCGAUGAACUAAGACUUACUGUUGUAGAAGACGAAUUUCAACAACUAUUGAAACAUCCAGAUAUUUACAAUAGGCGAAUUCCAAUCCUCCUUUUUGCUAACAAAAUGGAUUUACCAAAUUCUAUUACAGUCAAAGAAAUAGUCAAGAUUAUUGGUCUGGAACAAGUGAGAAACAAAUCAUGGAGGAUCUUUGCUUCGAAUGCCAUAAACGGUGAAGGAUUAAAUGAAGGUUUGAUGUGGUUAUUUGGACAACUGAAACAAAAUACGAACUAAAUUGUGUUAAAGAUUCUGACAGAGAACAGAUAUGGGUGACCCAUUAGGAUAUAUAAUCUGCUUUGGGAACGAAAUAGAAGUAAGACUCUUGGAAUUUGUGUCAAAACACUUGAAAUUUACGUUCAAAAUAUAACAAAAUCCAGAACAAAUCUAAAGAUAGGAAACCAGAUGUUUAUGCUUUUAAUCAUUAGUACUUUUAUGCUAUCUUACCGCAUUUAUUUCGAAUGUUAAAAUUUAUAGUAAUGAUUAAAAUUUACUGGAUAGAAAGGUUUUAAAACUUUAUAUUCUAUGACUAUCUUUACUUUUUUAUGAUUAAAAAGUAGCCUUGUUUUCAUUCAGAUAAUUUUUGAUUCUUAUCUUCCGAAACCGAAUGCAGCACAUUGUUAUGUAUAGCUAUUUGAGAUAUUCAGUACUUUCAUUAGGACAUUAAAUGAUGCAAGCUAAAUUGAGUAUUUCUAAUCAAUUAUUCAUAAUGAUUUCAAAUUGUUAUCUAAGUUUACCAAUCAAGAAUAAAAUUAAUACCAAGUAAAUCUAAUUGGAUCAAUUA